AUGAACCGACCGCCACAGGGCCAGGGUCGUGGUCAGCCACGACUGGGGGCGACUUGGUAUCCAGGGGGGCAGGACGACUUCUACAUGCCAGAGGUCAUCUCCCCCCUCUCCACAAAGAUGCCGCGUGUACGAGUGCUGAUCCGCCCGGGCAGAGUGAUGCAUGAAGUCCCGGAGAACAUGCAAGACAAUAUUGCGCAGAUGGAGCAUCACGCCCGCGACCCGCGCCGCGGUCAGCAACCGCCGCCGCCCGCGCAGUACCGCCAACAGUUUCCGGAGCGCACGUCCUCCGCCGCCCCCCAAGGUCAACCGCAACAAGCUCAGGCCCAUGAUCACGGCGUCUACGCGCAGUCCGCAACUUAUGACAGCAUGGACCACCCCAAUUUCUCGCCUUUCCCCGUCUUGCGGAACCCUCCCUCAAAUGUUCCCCCCACCGACGAGCAACGCGAAGCCAGCUUGGAGCGCGCCCGCAUGGCCGUUCUGUCCACCACCGACCCAGAAAUGCAAUUGGCCUGGGCCCAGGAUGCGCUCGCCUUUGUCGAGGUCGCGGCGCAGAAUGAAGCGCGCCUGUCCUUGACGCAGCCACCGCGUCCGCACACCCCGCAGGUCGAACGGCAACUGCGGACCGAUGCGAUGAACAUUGUCAACUUCCUGGCCGGACAGCAGCACCCGAAGGCAGAAUUUAUCAAGGGCAUGUGGCUGGAGUUCGGCAAGUUUGGCUUCCGGGUGGACCGCAAGGAGGCCUUUCGGUGCUACUCGCGCGCUGCCGAGAAGGGGUAUGCGCGUGCAGAGUACCGCAUUGGUAUGCAAUUCGAAAGUUCGGGCGAGCCGGAGAAGGCGAUCAGACACUACGAACGUGGUGUCUCCAUGGCGGACUCUGCUUCGUACUACCGCCUCGGAAUGAUGAUCCUGCUCGGUCAGCAUGGUCAGCGUCAAGACUAUCACACCGGCUUGGACUAUAUUAGGCUAGCCGCGCAGUCAUGCGACCAGAAUGCGCCGCAGGGUGCCUACGUCUACGGUAUGCUCCUAGCUCAUGAGCUUCCUCAAGUCAGCGUUCCUGAAUCCUUCUUACCCCCGGAUCUCAAUACCGCGAGGGUCAACAUUGAAAAGGCCGCCUACCAUGGCUUUGCGAAGGCUCAGGUGAAGAUGGGUGCUGCGUAUGAGCUCUGCCAGCUCGGCUGUGAUUUUAAUCCCGCAUUGUCUUUGCAUUACAAUGCGCUGGCGGCCCGUCAAGGUGAGCCCGAAGCGGAAAUGGCCAUCAGCAAAUGGUUCCUAUGUGGGCAUGAAGGUGUCUUUGAGAAGAAUGAUGAACUGGCCUUCACAUAUGCCCAGCGCGCGGCGCAAAGUGGUCUCCCGACAGCCGAAUUUGCCCUAGGAUAUUUCUAUGAAGUCGGAAUCUUUGUUCCUGUCGACAUCAAAGAAGCUCGCAGCUGGUACGCGAAGGCUGCCGCCAGCGGCAACAAAGAUGCUUCAGGCCGUAUCGACAGCAUCUCCCGAUCUAAAACUCUGUCCCGAAAGGAUCAUGAGAAGGUGGCGAUUGCUCGGAUUAAAUCGACUCGUUAUGUCCAUCAACGUGGAUCUUCUUUGGAAACAACUCCUGAAAACCUUGAGAUGCCUGAUCCUUCACGCAUGACUCUCAGUGAUCAGCCCUCAUCCGCUGCCCCAUAUCCUGAUCGUCCGAAUUCCGCUCGUCCUCGCCCACCGGGCCAGCCAAGCUAUCAGAUGCCAGAUCACCGCCCUAGCUCUGCCUUCGGUGUCAACCCGAACCUCCGUCAGAAUGGUCCGCCUGGUCCUGGCUAUGGCGGCCCUCCGCCUGCCGGGGGGCGAACUGCCUCCUACGGCUCUGGUGGCCCAGGCCCUGCUCCGAUGAAGUAUCGCCAGUCUGGCCCCGGCACACCGGUCAGUGCGGUCAGUGCCCCGGCCGGAUCAACCACCCCCCAAGCUGGAAACAUGAUGGGUCCCUCAGGAACCCCCCGACUCGACAUCGGUUACUCCGCACCGGUUCCACCUCCAGGGGCGGAACGCCGACGUCCUGCGCGUCUUGAUGGGGCACCACCGGACCGCAAGCCUACUCGAACUCCUGUUGGCGGUGGUGGGCUGCCAUCUCCCCGUGCCCCAUCUUCUCCUCGCCCAUCCGUCUCCCCCUCGUCUGCUAAUUUCCCUCCGCGCAUGGAGUCCCGUCAACCGUCCAGAGGAUCGGCAUCCUCCACUCCUCAGCCGCCGUCGGGUCCCACUACUGCGUCAGCUCAGAAGCCGGCUGCGCCGGCCGCGAAGCCACCUAGCAAGGGCCCGAAGACCUUUGAGGAAAUGGGUGUGCCUAGUGCGAAGAAUGACAGCGAUUGCAUUGUGAUGUGA